UCCCUUCCCUCUCCUCCUCCUCGCUCCCUCCCUCCUUCCCGCUCGCCUUCCCUCCCUCCUCCCCGGUGCCGCAGCUGGAUUUCGGGGGCAGGCUUCCAGCGCUGCCCGCUUGUUUUUCCCGAGCCCGGAGCCGUGCGGGAGUGAUUUCGGGAAGAGGGUGAGGAGGGAGCCGGCGGGACCGUGCUGGGCACAGGCAGGUGGAGGAUGAACGGCGAAGCUGAGUGCCCUGCAGACCUGGAAAUGACAGCUCCCAAAAACCAAGACCGCUGGUCACAGGAGGACAUGCUAACCCUCCUGGAGUGCAUGAAGAAUAACCUGCCCUCCAACGACGGGAGCAAGUUCAAAACCACCGAGUCCCACCUGGACUGGGAAAAAGUGGCUUUCAAGGACUUCUCAGGGGAGAUGUGCAAGAUGAAGUGGAUGGAGAUCUCUAAUGAGGUGAGGAAAUUCCGGACCCUCACAGAGCUCAUUAUGGAUGCUGAAGAGCACGUGAAGAAUCCUUACAAAGGCAAAAAGCUCAAGAAACACCCCGACUUCCCCAAGAAGCCCCUGACUCCCUAUUUCCGCUUCUUCAUGGAGAAGCGAGCCAAAUACGCCAAGCUUCACCCCGAAAUGAGCAACCUGGAUCUCACCAAGAUCCUGUCCAAAAAAUACAAGGAGCUUCCCGAGAAGAAAAAGAUGAAAUAUAUCCAGGACUUCCAGCGAGAGAAGCAGGAGUUUGAGAGGAACUUGGCGAGGUUCAGGGAAGACCACCCGGAUCUCAUCCAGAACGCCAAGAAAUCCGACGUCCCCGAGAAGCCCAAGACCCCCCAGCAGCUGUGGUACAACCACGAGAAGAAGAUCUACUUGAAAGUGCGUCCAGAUGCCACCACGAAGGAGGUGAAAGAGUCGCUGGGCAAGCAGUGGUCUCAACUCUCGGAUAAAAAGAGGCUGAAAUGGAUUCAUAAGGCCCUGGAACAGCGGAAGGAGUACGAGGAGAUCAUGCGGGAUUACAUCCAGAAGCACCCGGAGCUGAACAUCAGCGAGGAGGGAAUCACCCGCUCCACCCUCACCAAGGCCGAGAGGCAGCUCAAGGACAAGUUCGACGGACGACCCACAAAACCUCCCCCGAAUAGCUACUCCCUGUACUGUGCAGAGCUGAUGGCCAACAUGAAAGACGUGCCCAGCACGGAGCGGAUGGUGCUGUGCAGCCAGCAGUGGAAGCUGCUCUCCCAGAAGGAAAAGGACGCCUACCACAAAAAGUGUGACCAGAAAAAGAAAGAUUACGAGAUUGAGCUGCUCCGCUUCCUGGAGAGCCUGCCCGAGGAGGAGCAGCAACGGGUGCUGGGCGAGGAGAAGAUGCUGGGCAGCAACCGGAAAGGGGCGACGAGUCCUGCAUCCAAAAAAUCCUCACCAGAGACCGGCAAGGCCAGCUCAGAGAAGCCCAAGAGGCCCAUCUCAGCCAUGUUCAUCUUCUCGGAGGAGAGGCGGAAGCAGCUGCAGGAGGAGCGGCCGGAGCUGUCAGAGAGCGAGCUGACCCGGCUCCUGGCCCGCAUGUGGAACGACCUCUCCGAGAAGAAGAAGGCCAAGUACAAGGCACGGGAGGCGGCGCUGAAGGCGCAGUCAGAGAAGAAGCACGGCUCAGAUAAGGAGGAGCGUGGGAAGCUGCCCGAGUCUCCCAAAACUGCUGAGGAGAUCUGGCAACAGAGCGUCAUCGGGGACUACCUGGCUCGUUUCAAGAACGACCGGGGCAAAGCGCUGAAGGCCAUGGAGGCCACUUGGAACAACAUGGAGAAGAAGGAGAAGCUGAUGUGGAUCAAGAAGGCAGCGGAGGAUCAGAAGCGAUACGAGAGGGAGCUGAGCGAGAUGCGGGCCCCUCCGUGCUCCACCAACUCCACCAAGAAAAUGAAAUUCCAGGGAGAGCCGAAGAAACCCCCAAUGAACGGUUACCAGAAGUUCUCCCAGGAGCUCCUGUCCAACGGGGAGCUGAACCACCUCCCGCUGAAGGAGCGCAUGGUGGAGAUCGGCAGCCGCUGGCAGCGCAUCUCCCAGGGCCAGAAGGACCACUACAAAAAACUGGCAGAGGAGCAGCAGAAACAGUACAAGGUGCACCUCGACAUCUGGCUCAAGAGCCUCUCGCCCCAGGAGCGGGCUGCGUACAAGGAACACAUUUCCAACAAACGCAAGAGCAUAGGGAAGAUUCGGGGUCCCAACCCCAAGAUGAAGCCAACGAUGCAGUCCAAGUCGGAGUCAGAGGACGAUGACGAGGAGGAAGAGGAGGAGGAGGAUGACGAUGAAGAUGAGGAUGACGAUGAUGACAACGGCGACUCGUCAGAGGAAGGCGGCGACUCCUCGGAGUCCAGCAGCGAGGAGGAGAGCGAGGACGGGGACGAGUGUGAAUGCCGAGUAAGUCACCAGAGUCAAAGCUUUACACCGGUGCAACUGAAAUCAGCCUAUGCUGGAUGGCGCUGGGGGCAGAAACCGUGUCCGUGCCUUGUGCUCGCCACCGCACAGAACGACGACGAUGAUGAGGAUGAGGAUGAUGAGGAUGAGGACGACAACGACUCAGAGGGCAGCAGCAGUUCCUCCUCCUCCUCGGGGGACUCCUCCGACUCCGACUCCAACUGAUCGGCCAAGCUCUUUGUAACGUCGUUUGGUUUCUCGGUUUCGGCCCCAAAUCCCCCCUGCAGCCCCUCAAAAUCCUUCCUCCUCUUCCUCGUGCCCCCCAGCGCGGGGAGCGGGGGCCGGGGGGACCCCUCCACCGAGCUCACACUACGGAGGGGGAUCAGGGGCUGCUUCCCCGAGGCUGGGGGGCCAGGAGAGAGCCCCCCACCGCUGCCCCCCGCUUUACUCCCGAGGGGAAGCGAUUUUUUUUUUUGGAAUUUAAUUCUUUCCAGGGGGGCGUCUCUCCAUCCCUACCCCCGUCACCCCCUCGCUACCAGCUCUGGACUUUCUAGAAAGAGAAGAAAAACACACAGGAAAGAAAAAAAAAAAAAAACAAACAAAAAACAAAACAAA